UCCAGUUUGAGUCAGAACUAGGGACCAUGCCGUCCCAGGCUCAAGGAUAAAAACCAUCGGGCCCAAGUGCCAUCCAUAGUCCAUCUCCAGUCUUUCCUCCACAAAUUGGGAUUCAUCCUUCCUGAAAAGCAAGGGAACAAAAAAAAAUCAUGCUAUCACAUAAUACCAUGGUGAAGCAGAGGAAACAGCAAGCAUCAGCCAUCAUGAAGGAAAUCCAUGGAAAUGAUGUAGAUGUCAUGCACCUGGGCAAAAAAGUCAGCAUCCCCAGAGACAUCAUGUUGGAAGAAUUAUCCCAUCUCAGUAACCGUGGUGCCAGACUAUUUAAGAUGCGACAAAGAAGAUCUGACAAAUAUACAUUUGAAAAUUUCCAGUAUGAAUCUAAAGCACAAAUAAAUCACAAUAUUGCCAUGCAGAAUGAGAAACUGGACGGAAGCAACUUGGAAAGUGGUUCACAGCAAGCACCAUUUACUCCUCCUAACACUCCGGAUCCACGAAGUCCCCCAAAUCCAGAAAACAUUGCACCAGGAUAUUCUGGACCACUGAAGGAAAUUCCUCCUGAAAGAUUCAACACCACAGCUGUCCCUAAGUAUUACCAGUCGCCCUGGGAACAGGCCAUUAGCAAUGAUCCGGAGCUUUUAGAGGCUUUAUACCCUAAAUUUUUCAAGCCUGAAGGAAAGGCAGAAUUGCCUGACUACAGGAGCUUUAACAGAGUUGCCACCCCAUUUGGAGGUUUUGAAAAAGCAUCAAAAAUGGUUAAAUUCAAGGUUCCAGAUUUUGACCUACUACUUCUAACAGAUCCCAGGUUCAUGGCCUUUGCCAAUCCUCUUUCUGGCAGACGGUCCUUUAAUAGGACUCCGAAGGGAUGGAUAUCUGAGAAUAUUCCUAUAGUUAUAACAACUGAACCUACAGAGGAUACCACCAUACCAGAAUCAGAAGACCUAUAAAAGAAAGUUGUAUGUGUGACAAAAACCUCUGAACAUAAAUGUUGCUGUAUAACUAUUUUACUUAUUGGCAAAGCCACUAACACUCUUCAUUAGUAGCAAUAAUUUAAUAACAAUUUAGCAAUUUUCCUUUUAUGGCAUUUAACUUCAAUCUCAGAUCAAAAUCUAAUAAACAAUUCAAAAUCUUAUUUAAAAAAAAAA